AUGGAUGCAGCAUCUCAAUCUGAGCACAAAUUCCCUCCAAGGUCAUCUGCCAUUGAAUUUUUUGUAUCUGGCAACAUUCUGUCUGGAAAUUUUACUCCAAACAUGAGGUUUAAUUUUCCUCAACUCCGCAAGUUUGGCAUAGCAGGGUAUCAGUUUACUGGAAUAAUUCCAGAUACACUAUCCAAUAUUUCAGGACUUGAACUUUUGGAUCUAAGUAACAAUUAUCUAACUGGCCAAGUCCCUGAUAGCUUAGGAGUGCUCAAGGAUCUGUAUUGGUUGAACCUUGAAUUCAAUAAAUUAGGAAGGGGCAUGUCAGGCGAUUUAAAUUUUCCAUAUUCUUUGCCAAAUGUCAGCAGUUUAAGACUUAUCAAUCCACAUGCCAAUAAUUUCCGGGGCGUGUUACUCAUCUCCAUUGUUAAUCGAUCAACCCAACUGCAGAAGCUUAUCAUAGGGGGCAACAAAAUAUCUGGAAGCAUCCCAAAAGAGAUUGGGAACCUGAUCAGCUUAACUGUUUUCAGUGCAAUGCGGAAUAAUCUUACUGUGUCAUUCCCAUUUCAAUUGGCAAGCUUCAGAAUUUAA